AUGUUGAUUACAAACAGAGGUUAUUCUAAACACAAAGGAAACUACAAACCUCAGCCACAACAUUUUGCUCCAUUAUAUUCAUCAGAUCAAGCAGAAAAUCACAGAUGCAGAAAAACAGCUGAGGCUGUUGAUAUCUUGAAGCUUAUGUCAUCCACAUUUCUAAUUGCAUUGUGCCAAGCAAUUGAUUUGAGGCACUUGGAGGAGAAUUUGAGAGAUGCUAUUAAGAAUACAAUUAGCCAAGUUGCUAAGAAAACUCUAACAGUGGGUGUUAAUGGGGAGCUUCAUCCAUCAAGAUUCUGUGAGAAGGAUUUGCAUCAUGUGGUUGAUCGCGAAUAUGUUACAUUGAUGAUCCCUGCAACGCAAACUACCCACUGA